AUGCCUCCCGGCGACGUUCCUUUGCCGGACAGCCUCGUGCCGGGCAACGGGGCUGUCCGUCCGAAACUCAACACCAGCGGUUACGGCAGUGGAAGCUAUUCAUCACAAACACCUACCUCUCCUGCAGACAGCAAUGUCGCUUUUGACUCGCCUCGUACAAGGACAGGAGGGUGGAAUGGCUCUACGAACAGCCCUAUCGAUGGGCCCCAAGGCUCCGAUGGUCGUGUGAGUCGCCGGCUGGAAUCCGGCCAUCCUGGACCGAGAGAUCCGUCGACUCCACGGGAUCGCAAUGGUUAUUGGGACCGGUCAACGCCACGGGAGAGGUCUCGUCCAAAUGGUCGGCCGCCUACAAAAUCCCCGGGAAGCUCAUCGCGGAUAUGCAAAAAGUGCAGCGAACCACUUACCGGCCAGUUCGUUCGAGCUUUGCUCGCAACAUACCAUCUCGAAUGUUUUAAGUGUGAGGACUGCGGUCAAAUCGUGGCGUCAAAGUUCUUUCCUGUUGAUGCCGAAGAUGGAAGUGGCCAAUAUCCCCUAUGUGAAACGGACUAUUUCCGACGCCUAGAUCUUUUAUGCCACGAGUGUGGCGGCGCCUUGCGCGGAUCGUAUAUCACGGCCUUGGAACGCAAGUAUCACAUAGAACAUUUUACUUGCUCUGUUUGUCCAACGGUCUUUGGUGCGCAGGACUCUUACUACGAGCACGAAGGCAAAGUAUAUUGUCACUUCCACUACUCUACACAGUUUGCGCAACGAUGCCAUGGUUGCCACACAGCAAUUUUAAAACAGUUUGUGGAGAUUUUCCGCAAUGGGCAGAAUCAACAUUGGCACCCGGAAUGCUACAUGAUCCACAAGUUUUGGAACGUUCGUCUGGCUCCGACAGGCCAGCCACUUGAACCACCCGAGGCCGAGGCCGAUGCUACCGACGAGGAGCGUAAUAGAGUGCGUGAGGAGGAGGACAUAAUGGAGGAGAAGGUGUACAAAAUCUGGAGCAUUCUAUCCAGUUUUGAGGAAUCGUCCGCAGCUUGCAUCUCAGACAUGCUCCUUCAUGUUAGCAACGGAACCUAUAUGGAUGGAGUCCUCGUCGCAAAGAGGUUUAUCGGACACGUUGAUGUUCUCUUCUCUGCCAUCGAUCAGCUUGCGGGACACAUCAAAUCCCAAGGCAUGAAAGAUCUGGCUUAUGGACGCGAAGCAAAGCUCCUGUGCAAGAAGAUAGUUGCAUUCUUUGCGUUGCUCUCGAAGACACAGGAAACUGGGGUACGCAAACUCGGAGUCACCCAGGAGCUCCUGUCAUUGGUAACGGGCCUUGCGCAUUAUCUCAAGCUUCUGAUCCGCAUUGGCUUGCAAGGAGCUCUCAAACUUGAGAGAGAGCAACGAGCUUCCGAGGGUCUCCAUAAUUUCCUAGACCAUUUGGGAGAUUUAGAAGCACUUCGACCACCCGAAGAGGAAGAAACGCUUGCAGAUCUAAUGGCUGGGGUUGAAACUCUCGCUGACCAGCUUUCAGAUUGCUGUGUGGCGUGCAAGGAACCUAUUGAUGAUGAAUGCAUCAUGUUGGGUGAUAGCAGGUGGCAUAUGAAGCCGCCUCAUUUAACUUGUGCGUCAUGCCAAAAAGACCUCACGCAUAUGCUUCAGGAUGCAUUGUGGAACUCUAAGGAGAAGCGACCCUUUUGUAGAGAUUGCGGCUCUCAAAAGGGGCUCAUACAAGAUGCACAAGUAUUUUCACACAUCACCAAACUUCAACAGUUUGUCUUCCUACUAAGGGUUGCUCUCGCGCGACUCCUCGCUGUUCUGCGAGCGGGUGGGACUCUGUUGCCUGCUUCUGACGGUUCUCCUGCACAAGAUGGCAUGGAAAGUGGUCGCAUCCCUGGGGGCGAGGUUCGUCGAUCUGUCACUCGGUCCAAGUCGUAUGCAAACGCGACUAGGAACGCUCCUGAAGGAUCAUCACUCGAACAAACCGUCGGCGAGAUGCGACGUCUACGAUCUAUCCGAAACGAGCGUACACUGUCAACUACUUACAAGAAAGCUCGGGCGUCUCGAAUUAUCGAUGGGCCAGAAGGCCGCAGCGUACGACCGGGUUCAUCGGGCGGCGAAGGAUCAGAUUCGCGGGGUCAUGGCUUUCAGAUUGUAGAAGAAAAAGAUGCCAACGGGGAAACGGUCACCGAGCUGACGUUUGGCAACCAGGAUGCAUUGACCUUGGACGAUAUCCCCAGAAUCGUUGCUGCCGAGCAAGCCAAAGAACAACGCCCCAACGCCUACAAACACGCGGGGACCAAGCUAGUCGGCACCACUGAACCGCUCCCCAAGUACAAUCAUGGCCAUCAGCGUGGCGUAUCUGGCGCCGGCCUUGAGCAGCAUAUCAUCGAACAAGGCGGUCGAACCAAGAAGUAUUUCUCCGAGCUUUCCGCUCUGGAAUACUUCAUUGUCCGGCACGUUGCUGUCUUAUCGAUGGAGCCGCUAUUAGACGGCUACUUCACUCUAGAGGAGCUCCUCUCCUUGAUUGAAUCGCGAAAACCCACCAUAUGGAACAUCUUCGGUCGCGCCUUCAAUAAGGAAGGCAAAAAGGUUGGAAAAAAGAAAGGCAUGUUUGGUGUCAGUCUGGAUUUCCUCGUCGACAAGGAUGGCACAGAAUCUAGCCAUGGGGUGGGUCCAGGAGCACUUCGCGUUCCAGCCUUGGUAGACGACGCUGUGUCCGCCAUGCGUCAGAUGGACAUGUCUGUGGAAGGUGUUUUCCGAAAGAACGGCAACAUCAGACGUCUCAAAGACCUUUCCGAGCUGAUCGACAAUAAAUAUGAGCAAGUCGACAUGACAAAGGAGAACCCUGUCCAGAUUGCAGCUCUACUCAAGAAGUUCCUUCGCGAGAUGCCCGACCCGCUUCUGACAUUCAAGCUCCAUCGCCUUUUUGUGGUUUCCCAAAAAUUACCCGACAUAGAGAAGCAAAAACGUAUCUUGCACCUUACAUGUUGCCUUCUUCCCAAGGCUCAUCGGGAUACCAUGGAAGUUCUUUUUGCAUUCCUCAACUGGACUUCGUCUUUCUCGCACGUCGACGAGGAGUCGGGAAGUAAGAUGGACAUACACAAUCUGGCGACAGUAAUGACACCCAACAUUCUUUACCCCAAUGCAAAAAAUAGCACGGUGGACGAAAGCUUCCUGGCAAUUGAAGCUGUUAAUUGUCUAAUAACAUACAACGAUACUAUGUGUGAGAUACCCGAGGAUCUACAAUCAGUCCUCAGUGACACGAACUUCUUUAAGGAGAACACUGAAGUCACAACCAAAGAGAUUCUCAGACGUUACGGUGACAUUGCGCGCGGAAGCUUCUCAUCCAAGGCAAGCAAUGGUGGCGAAACCGUUACGAUCACGAAUUCGAACCGCGGGGCGAAUAUACCUACUUCUGCCCGUAUCGAGACAGAUCCCUCCCAGGAUGCAGCAUGGCAAAUGCAAAGCUCAGUUCGCCAUGUUCAAAGCCCCGGUGGGCAUCAGCACUCGACCAGCGGUACUCCACAAACAGGCACGGAACUGGUGGGUCCCACACCAUCGAAUGAUUAUCGUGAACGAAGCCCCAGUAGUGGCAGCCAGCAGAAUCCUAUCCCAGCUGAGGGACAGUCUCAACCAAUGCCGUACAGGCCUCGUCCAGGUGCUGGGCCCAUGGGAGUUGCUGGCUAA